AUGCGACACCCAAAGCGCCAGUCAUGGUCUUGUGCCCUUUUCUGCGUUUUCUUUCUCUUCUUCUUCAACAUUCUUACCAGCCCGGCUUUUGCACUUCCGGCGACGCCGUCUGCCUAUAUUUCAGCAUCUAUUUCAGCAUCUUCAACAUCUUCAACAUCUUCAACACAGCUCGCGCCCUCGCGGAACAGAAAAACAGCCUCUUCAGCACCAUCAGCGCCAUCGCCGGGCCUCGGCAGCGAGACCCCACAAGCCACCGAAGGCGCCGCUCCAGCUCCAGCUUCAGGUGCAUCGCCAGCGACCUCGACAACAGCGCCCGACGAGAGAAUCCCGCAGCAUUUGAUCAAGCUUGAGCAGCUCGAGGACGCUGGAGUAAAGGCGGCUGCGUCUCUUCCUUCUCCUCCCCCUUACAAGCCCAUCGUCACGCCGCCGCCGGACCAAGACUCCCAGCUGGCCAAGAUGGGCUACAGCAUGACGACGUUUUACACCUGCGACACCAUCGGUGGCCAGGAACACUGCGGGUGGCACGUGCCUGUUCUCAAGGCGGAUGCGCCGACGACGAGGACGGAUGUUCGCGUGGUGCUGGCAGUGGUGAGCUGCUUGGCCGGAAUACUGGCCUGGGGAUUGGUGUGA